GAAUCAGUUGGUCGUCCGCUCUGAAAGAAUUUUAGUUUUGUCAAGGAUCGGGGACGUGCGCUUUAAUCGGUGGAAGGUGCAAGGUAGUGACUGACUGUAAACAAAGUGAUCGUGCACUGCGUAUCCCGUAGGAUCUUUCGCUCGGUAGAUCAUCGCAGGUGUGAAAGUUUCUCUACAUGUACGGAAACAUGCGGGAACGAGAGGAAUUUUGCCGAAGUUUUCCGCCAGGAUUGCCAGCCCAGCCGCCGACGACACGGGCUCCGGGCCUUGACGCUUUGCACAGUCUUUGUAAAGAGAUCUAUCCAGACCAAAGUAAUCCACUCACUGUUACCGCAGUCGUUAAAUACUGGUUGGGUGGUCCGGAUCCUCUCGACUACAUAAGCAUGUACGAGAAUCCUGGCUGUCCUGAAUUAGGCGUGCCACCACAUUGGCAUUACAUCAGUUUGGGCUUAUCAGAUUUACAUGGAGAUGGAAGGAUACAUCCAAAAAGUGGUCCAGGACGUCCCAGUGGAUUCGGAUUUGAGUUGACCUUCAGAUUGGUCAGAGAAAGAAACGAGAUGACUCCUCCUACUUGGCCAGCGAACGUGAUGCAGCAGUUAGCAAAAUAUGUUUUUAAUUCUGGGAACAUGUUGAUGCCUGGUGAUCAUGUAUCAUGGCAUGCUCCUCUCGAUAAUGGCAAUGGUCGUAUUACACAGAUCUUGAUGGGCAGGGAUCCUCAAUUACCAACAUCUAUAUAUACACCUCAUGGCGAUGUUUCAUUUGUUCAAAUUAUAGGCGUAACAUCUGAAGAAUUACAGGCUGCACAACACUGGAAUGGCUUAGGUCUUGUGAGUUUAUUAAAAACUAGUCAUGUUUGUGGACCUUGGUUGGUAACAGAUAUGAGAAGGACACGUUCCAUUAUGGAGGAUGAACCCUCCAUAGCAGAAAAGAUACAAAGUGGAAUAGAAAAAGAGGGGUCUAACCUGAGCGGUGUGUCUGCAAAGUGUUGGUGGGUUCAAGUAAACUAUGACAGAAGUUCAGAAAGAUAUAGAGAGAAAAGGAACGAAUCGGAUGAAGAAGAAGACGAAGAAGAAGAUAUAAAACCAGUUAUAAAAUCAGAAAGAUUAUCUCCGUGUGAACUGGAUUCGAGUUUAUUACACGAUAACUUUGUUAAAGUAUUACCAGGCCUCCAUUUAACCUUCAACCUUGAAGCAGGAUCCUUGUUACCAUUAGCAAUAAAGGGACGCGUCAUGCACGGAAGGCAUUUUACAUUUAAGUCUAUACUGUCCAAUACAGCUGUUACUAUAGUAGCACCGACAGUCACUGGAACCCUUGUUUCUAGAGAAAAACCAUAUGUAGUUCAAGGACCAUGGUUACAAGUUCUGCUUCCAGAGGAUCUAUCAGAAAAGAUGGCUCAAGAAUUUCAAAUUUUAAAUUCGCCAAAUGAAGUCCAAUUGCCAAAGACGUUUUCCUGGCCCGAACACAAACUCGUUAUUACUGUUAUCAACGAUUGAGAAUGCGUUCGUUGAACACGUUCGACCAAGUUAGCAUAAUCAGUUAACAUAAGCAAAGUAUUAUCUGAUUCAGUUAAAAAGUGGGUUUCUCAGAACUUAUUUAUAACUGUAUAAAACUCGAUUUAAACUACGGAACUAUUAAGACUACGCAUAUCAAUGUGUGAAAGAGGAGCCGAAUAAUAUUUAUAGUUAUUUACCCAGAAAAUUUAUUUUACGUGUUCCGCCGGGAAACAGUUUUCUGCGCCCCUCUUUUCCAGGUUGAUGUCUGUUAAACGAUUUAUAUUUAAUUCUGUACAUAAUAGAAGAACAAGUUAAAACGUGUAAUUGUAUUUGAUAUACGAGUUUACACAUUGUUACAGCUAAUGAACAGUUUUUGUAUAUAGUGAAGACAAACAUUCUGACAUGACUGUUGUCAGUGCCUUGAACCAAUUUUUAUAAAAGUAAUGUGUAAUGGAAUAAAGCAUAGGGUGUAGUAUUUAUAAGCAAAU